AUGGUAGAGAUUUGGCAGACCCUCUCCCAGGACCCCCAGCUUACCACAGCCAUGAUUGACCACAUGCUGGAAAAGCUUCACAAGAGUCUGCCGUACGAAGAGAGACAGAAUGAAGAGGAAGUAACGAGGACAGCCACCAGUUUACCUAUGGCAGUGACUUGUGCUCUGAAGAUAAUAUUUGACUGUGAAGAAACAGAGGAGCAAGUGUUGAAGGCUUAUCACACUCUGAUGGGAGCACUGAUGCUGAGGAUUGGUUCAUCUGUAGGGGUCAAGCCAGUCAAGCAGAAAGAGAUGGAAAAAGAGGACAAAUCUAAAGGGAAGAAACCAGUACCUGUAACCAGUAAAAAUCCUGAACCAAGCAAGACAGCUGUAGAAACCUUCAGGUCUUUCCUGGUGAGAACAAAGAGUACCGACGUCAUUGAGAUUCUGACGGAAGAGGAAUGCUGGGAAAAGUUUGAGGAGGAGGAAAAUUAUCCGGAGGCCUUUACAAUACUCACACGGGCCUUAGUUUCUAGCAGUGUGGCAGCCCCACAUGUGUCUCAGAUUGUGGCUUCCCUGACCUCCGCCUUGUCUAGUCUGUACGAUCCACAGAGAGUUGUGGUGGCAGCAUUUUUUGCUGAGCUAAUUAACCAGAAGUGUAUGGAUAAUGCAGACCUAGUAGAGCUGGUAAUGAAUAGUUUGUUGGGAAGAUUGGUGGAUUCUUCACACAAAGUCCGUAUGCUGUGUAUCAGAGGACUCGGGAACAUAGCUAGUGUCAGCUCAGAACUGGUCAAAAAAUACUCUACGACCGUGUUGUCUGCCAUGAUGGCGGGAAUGGAUGAUAAGGAAGAUCCAGAUGAUGACAUCACUACAGAAGCCAUGAGUGGGUUGUCACGGAUACUGUGUGAAAUCGAGGAAAGCCACAUCCGUGCUAUUCUUAUCAACGUCUCUCUUAAAAUCCGCCCAUGUUUUGAAAAGGAAAAGCCAGCUGUGAGAGCUCAAGCUAUUAUUUUAUUUGGAAAUCUUUCCCGCUUUGGAGAUGGUCCCUCAAAAGCUCCUUUCCUAGAACAAAUCCAUAGCAAUCUAGUCAGUCUUCUUCUCCAUCUGAAUGACCCCGAGAUAGAGGUCAAGAAGGCUUGUAAAUUCUCACUGAGGUUAUUAGGCCCUCUAAUGGGGUCAGAAGCCAUUAACAGCAAAUUCCAGCGCCACCUACUGGAGGAUGCUAACCUUAUCUAUGGAGAAUUCCUAAAUGACCUUGCUAAACUCAUGAUAGAAGAAUUUCCAGACAAAAUUAACUUUUAUGUGAUGGGAUGCGUCUCUUUCUUUAAAAGCCUCUGGCCCGAGAUCAAGAGCAAUGCUGCUCUCUUUGUGGGUAAGACUCGGAGUAAAUCAAUCAAUGUUCUGGUAUGAGAACAGUUGUUAUAC